UUUCCACCUGCAGAAACGAGCAGAUAGAAGCAGAGUGACGGUCAAUCAUGUUGGGCUCCUGGAUUUUGGCUGUUUUGUGCAUCUGCAUUUUCUUCCUCCUCAUCAGGAUUCAGAGGCCUAAGAACUUCCCUCCUGGACCGCAACCUAUCCCUAUAUUCGGCAACCUGUUCCAGCUCAACAUCAAAAAUCCUCUGAAAGAUUUUGAGAGGUUUGCUGAGCGCUAUGGGAUCGUCUACAGCCUGUAUAUUGGGACAAGGCCAGCUGUUUUUCUUAAUGGUUUAAAGGCAAUAAAAGAAGCUCUGGUGACCAAAUCUGCUGUCUUUUCUGGACGUCCAGGAAACCUGCUGGUCAGCCAUGUCACAGAAAAGAAAGGUGUUAUUAUGGCUGAUUACGGUCAUGGAUGGAAGGAACAUCGGCGCUUUGACCUCAUGACGCUGAGGAACUUUGGCAUGGGCAAACAGUCUAUGGAGGACAGGAUUCUGGGUGAAAUUCAGCACAUGGUCGCACGAUUGGAAAAAAGUAUUGGCAGCACCAUGAAUCCACAGACUCUGUUCCAUGACGCAGCAUCAAAUAUCAUCUACCUGGUUUUAUUGAGCACUCGAUAUGACUAUGAGGACAAAACCCUUAGAGAGUAUGUCCAGCUGUUCACAGAAAUCUCAAAAAUCGCCAAUGGACCUUGGGGAAUGAUUUAUGAUACACUUCCUGUGGUAAGAUAUCUGCCCCUUCCAUUUAAGAAAGCCUUUGCAGCUGUCAAGAUAUUAAAGCAAAGGGCAGUAGACAUGAUAAACAAGCACAAAACAACAAGAGUCCCAGGACAGCCAAGAGAUUUGGUUGACUGUUAUCUGGACGAGAUCGAUAAGAGAGCUGAUAGUUCCUCUUUUGCUGAGGUUCAGCUUGUGAUGCAUUUGCUGGAUAUGCACUUUGCCGGGACGGAUACAACAUCCAACACCCUGCUUACGGCUUUCCUCUACCUUACCACUCAUCCAGAUGUUCAAGAAAAAUGCCAGCAGGAGAUUGAUGAAGUUCUGGCUGGAAAAGAUCACGCAUCUUUUGAAGACAGACACAACAUGCCAUACGUGCAGGCAGUGAUUCACGAGUCUCAGCGUAUCGCCAAAACCGUCCCUCUGAGCGUGUUCCACUGUACCACGGGCGAUACUGAAUUGAUGGGCUACAGCAUCCCGAAGGGCACCCUCAUCAUCCCCAACCUCUCCUCAGUGCUGAGUGAAGAAGGCCAGUGGAAGUUUCCACAUGAAUUUAACCCAUCAAACUUCCUUAAUGAACAGGGGCAGUUUGAGAAGCCUGAGGCCUUUCUGCCCUUUUCUGCUGGUCCUCGCACGUGUCUUGGUGAAGGUCUGGCUCGCAUGGAACUCUUCCUUGUCUUGGUCACACUGCUGAGGCGCUUUCACUUCAUUUGGCCUGAAGAUGCAGGAACACCAGAUUUUACCCCUAUAUACGGAAUUACACUUACCCCCAAACCCUACAAGAUGGUGAUCAAGCUGAGACAGGCUGCUAAUGAAAUAUAGAAUUAGUCCGAAAAUAUCUGAUACAAAUGAUGUAAUAAAAGCAACUGAACAUCAUGAAGCCUUAA